GUUUUCGCUUUUCCCAAGAUCUCUCUGCAAAAUCCUUAGCCUUCUUUACUAUAUAAUAGCCCCUAAAACCCCAUUUUUUACUAUACCCAUUUCUUACUCUUGCUCUGUGAUCAUCCUUUCUUCUAGGAGUAGCCAUCUCCUAGAACCCUUUUAGUUUCUCUUUGUGUUUUUUUGGUCAAUUUAGUCAUGGGAGGAGGAGAUCACGGCGGCAAAUCGGAUAUCUCAUUCGCCGGAAUAUUCGCAAGUAGUGCCUUUGCUGCUUGUUUCGCUGAGGCGUGUACUUUACCAUUGGAUACUGCUAAAGUUAGACUUCAGCUUCAAAAGAAGGCAGUUGAAGGGGAUGGGCUAGCUUUACCUAAAUAUAGGGGAUUAUUAGGUACUGUUGGCACCAUUGCAAAGGAAGAAGGAAUAGCUUCACUAUGGAAGGGUAUCGUACCUGGGUUACAUCGUCAAUGUAUAUAUGGAGGUCUUCGGAUUGGGAUGUAUGAACCUGUUAAAAACUUAUAUGUUGGCAAAGAUCAUGUUGGGGAUGUGCCAUUGUCAAAGAAAAUACUUGCUGCACUUACAACUGGUGCGUUGGGCAUUACAAUUGCAAAUCCUACAGAUCUAGUUAAAGUACGUCUUCAAGCUGAAGGAAAAUUGCCAGCAGGUGUGCCGAGGCGUUAUUCUGGAGCUCUAAAUGCCUACUCAACAAUAGUGAAACAGGAAGGAGUUCGAGCUCUGUGGACUGGUCUUGGACCCAAUAUUGGGCGGAAUGCCAUCAUCAAUGCAGCUGAAUUAGCAAGUUAUGAUCAAGUGAAGGAGGCUGUUCUUAGGAUUCCUGGGUUCACAGACAAUGUUGUUACUCAUUUGAUUGCGGGGCUUGGAGCUGGUUUUUUUGCAGUUUGCAUAGGGUCUCCUGUUGAUGUGGUAAAGUCGAGAAUGAUGGGAGAUUCCGCAUACAAAAAUACUCUUGAUUGUUUUGUCAAAACAUUGAAGAAUGAUGGACCUUUGGCUUUCUACAAAGGCUUUAUCCCAAAUUUUGGACGCUUGGGAUCUUGGAAUGUCAUUAUGUUUCUAACAUUGGAGCAGGCGAAGAAGUUCGUUAAAAGUUUAGAAUCACCUUGAUGUCAAAGAGGAAUGAAUCAUCAAGCAGAGGAUUACUAAUUUACAUUAAACAUGGAUUGGUUCAGCAAUCAUUAGAAGAUGGAAUCAACAAAGAUAUUUUUCAAUAUUCCCCUUUUUUUUCGUUUUUUCAUCAAUAAUUCCCAUUGGGGAACCCAUAGAAACUAUGAGAAACCAAGCUUAGAAGUGUUUAGUUUUCUCCUUUAAAGGGGACCCUUACUCUUACUAUUCUUAGACUGCAAAAUGUUUUUCCUUCCUUUUGGUUGCCAUGGGAUUCUAUUACUGAUUUAUGGAAUUGACUCCAAUCAUAAAGAAUGAAGAUUGAACUUG